AUGACUAAAUUAUCGACUUCCGUCUCUGCUGUUCAUUCCAUCGCUGGGCCCGUGCUAAUGCUGCUUUACCCGCUGAUACCGAUAUGGUACACGGUGAAGCUAGUGUUUGUAGCGUGGUUGGUGUUGCCGCAAUUCAGAGGGGCAGCUUUCAUAUACAACAAAUUUGUAAGGGAACAGAUUGGGAAGUAUGGAAUCGUCAAACUAAGCUGGCCAACUUUGUCCUUAAAU